CAGGCUCCACCCAAUCGACAACUAUGGCGUUCGAAUUCCGAAGUGUUCAGAAUUCUGCAGUUUAAAUGUUUUCAAUUUUCGGAUGACCGUCAAGCUGAUAGCCCGCCGCUCAAAGUUCUGUUGUGAACUUUAGUAUACUGCAGUUUGAAAUCCAAGAAAUUCGCGUAGAAUACCGAUAGCCGCUUGUUCAAUCGGACGUUUGUAAACCAACCCUUAUCGAAAUGGAUUUUCUGCGCGCUGUUUCCGACCGUUUCUGGAGUAAGCACGUGUGGCUGCCGCCUAACGCGACCUGGGCCGACGUCUCCAAAAACGAUGAGGUUCAACACACCAUUCCCACCGACCUCAUCUACCCCAUCCCUAUGGCCUUGCUCGUCCUCGUCAUCAGAUUUGUCUGUGAAAGGUACAUUUUUGCGCCCCUUGGGGUUGCUUUGGGUCUGAAAAGUACAAAGACCAAAAGAGCACCACCAAAUGCAGUCCUCGAGAAGGCCUACAUAAAAAUGAAGGGGCCCAACAUGCACAAGAUGAUUCAAGGCCUGUCCAAGCAACUAGACAUCUCUGAGAGGCAAAUUGAGAGAUGGCUGCGACUACGAAAGGCCCAGGACAGACCCACAACGCUUGUCAAGUUUUGUGAGUCUAGCUGGCGGUGCUUGUACUACGCCAUCUCCUUCAGCUAUGGCUUCUACAUUUUGAAGGACAAGGUUUGGUUCAAAGACAUCAACCACUGCUGGUACAAUUACCCACACCAAAACCUGACCAGAGACGUGUGGUGGUACUACAUGAUGAACAUGGCCUUCUAUUGGUCACUGACCAUUUCCCAGUUCUUUGACAUCAAACGUAAAGAUUUCUGGCAGAUGUUUGUGCACCACAUUGCCACUCUCAUGCUGAUGAGCUUCAGCUGGGUGUGCAACCUCUUUAGAAUUGGGUCUCUGGUCAUCGUUGUGCACGACAUUGCUGACAUUUUCCUAGAUGGUGCAAAAGCUCUGAAAUAUGCUAACUACCAAAGAACCUGCGACUGCGUUUUUGCAGUCUUCACCUGUGUUUGGAUCAUUUCUCGCAUCAUCGUCUACCCUCUGUGGAUUAUUAAAGCCACUUCAAUUGAAGCUCCCACCAUUGUCGAGAUGUUCCCUGCAUACUACAUUUUCAACUCGCUGCUGUUACUGCUUCUUGUGCUCCAUAUUGGUUGGACCUACCUCAUAUUGCGCAUAGUUCAGAACUCUAUUAUGGCUGGACAGAUGGAUGGUGAUGUAAGAAGCUCAUCAAGUGAAGAUCUCCCAUCGGCUCUCAGUGAGGACGAUGCUGCCAAAGUCAGCAAUCAGAAUGGUACACCGAAGAAAAACGGAAAAGCUAACUGAUGUUUUAAAACACCAAGGGCGAAGCUGUCGCGCUUAUUACCAUCCAAAUUCCUUAUUUAAAUGUUUAAUACAUUUGACAGGACUCAGUCACUUAUAAACUUCACAUUACUUAGUAAUAUUUGUUGUUGCCAAAAUUACAUUUCUUUUAUGUUAUUUAUGUGCCUUGCUUGUUUAGGUUAAGGGCCAUUUAGUGUGUAAGGAGUUGUGAACAUGAGGUGUAUUGUUUUGCCAGUUUAUUCCGAGUGGAGGCCAUUCAAAAAUUUAAGAUGAAAGUUGCUGUGUGAAUGGUUGUUUGCGUAUUCCACAUUCCCAUCACUUUUAAGUCCCUGCAGUACUGAAUGCGUGGCAUUUAACAUUUUGCGAGUCAACACUGUUGUGCUGUAUUUUCUUAAUACACUAAUUACUAAGAAAUGCAAAAUAUCUUUAGUUACUUGUCGGAGCUAAAGCCUUCCAAGUUUAUGUUUGCUUUCAAGAAAUAAUAAAGGAAUCGCAUUAUUAUGUACAGAUCAAA